CAUCUGUAAUUUCCCAAUCCACCGUCCUCACUUCUCUCCACAUCAACAGCUCGCUCUCUCUCUCUCUCUCUCUCGAUCCAAUUUUUACUAACGUUUUUCAUUCUGUUUAAUUACUAUUUCGACUAGUUUCGUUUCUAUUUUUAGAUCUUUCUCUAACCCUUAACCAAUCGCUAUAUACAUUCGUUCUUGUUUCUCGAAUUUUUUUUCUUUUGUGAUUUUUGGUAUAAUGGAUACAGGUUUGAACUCUUCUUCUUCUUACUUGAAGGCACAGACUCGAUGUCUUAUUCAAAGAUCCUUUCUCCCCAAGGACACCUCGAAAGAAAACCUUGACAGAUUUAUACCAAAUAGAUCAGCCAUGGAUUUUGACUUUGCCUACUCUCAGCUAAUGGAAAGACCAAACCGGAACGAUCAGGAACAAACCUCAAGCUCCAGUGGGAACUCUUCACAGCCAUCACUCUGUUUCUGCGCUUUACCAACAGCCUAAGCCGCGUAGACACAUCCCUAAGACUUACGAGAGAAUGUUGGAUGUACCUGACUUGGCGGAUGACUUUUACCUCAACUUGCUUGACUGGGGCAGUGAUAAUGUUUUAGCCAUAGCAUUGCAUGAUACUGUUUAUCUGUGGGAUGCUUCUAAGGGUUCUGCUACUGAGCUUGUGACAGUUGAUGAAGAUAAGGGACCUGUCACAAGUAUCAACUGGGCACAAGAUGGUCGUUAUCUUGCAGUUGGGCUUAACAGCUCUCAAGUCCAGAUUUGGGAUUGUGCUGAUAGUCGUAGAGUGAGAACGUUGGAGUGUGGUCACGAGUCUAGAGUAGGAUCAUUGGCAUGGAACGAUUAUCUCUUGACAACGGGAGGAAUGGAUGGGAAGAUCAUCAACAAUGAUGUACGGGUUAGUUCACACGUUGUGAAUACUUACAGGGGUCACACUUCAGAAGUUUGUGGGUUGAAGUGGUCAGGAUCUGGACAGCAUUUAGCUAGUGGUGGCAACGACAAUGUGGUUAAUAUAUGGGACCGUUCUAGCUCUCAGCGGCUGCAUAGGCUUGUAGAGCACACAUCUGCAGUUAAAGCUCUUGCUUGGUGCCCUUUCCAAACGAAUUUGCUUGCAACUGGUGGCGGUGAGAGAGAUGGGAGAAUAAAGUUCUGGAAUACUAGGACAGGAGCUUGCUUGAACACGGU